UUGGGUUCGAGCUGCGAAGAAGAGGCUCAUCAGCGGAGCUGUGCGGAGGAGGGAGGGGAUUUAAAGAGCGGCUGCGGGGAGGAGGCGGCGGGACAAGCGCGUUUCUGCCGACGGGAGCUCGGAGCAGCACUCGAAACUGAAACUGUUGCUGCAACUUCACGCGCGUCUUGAUGAAGCGGAUUAUUACUUGAGGACUUUUACAACACUUCUCACUAAACGGGCCGUUUGUUUGAGAAGCCUUAGUUCCUGGACGGGUCUUUAUUUACAAUUAAAUGUGAAAAACUGUUUUUUUUUUUAAAUAUAUAUUUUUAGUUUGAUUCCAUCCCCACCACUUCACACCCCGCUUGUUCUGCUACGUGACGGCCCCGCUUCUCCGCAUUACUGGACCUGGAGCAGAUGACUUGGCAGCUCCCGCUCCGCAGCCGUUCCCUUCUUUCCUGACUGCUUUGGGACUCGUGGAUUUGCUGGACCGUGCGCAGCGGGAGCCACCGGCGCGUCUCCGGACGCACGCAUCGCGAAAUGAAACUCGGUUUUGUCCUCGAGACUGCGGCUGCGCUUUACCUGCUCCUCUCACCUGCACAGAGUCUGCCCUUGUCAAACACGAACAGGACAAGUGGAGUGCUGACGUUCCAGGAGGUGUGGGGCCGCAGCUUCUGCCGGACCAUUGAGAAGCUGGUGGAGGUGGUGCAGGAAUACCCGGCGGAGGUGGAGCACAUCUACAGCCCGUCCUGCGUGCCGCUGGUGCGCUGCGCGGGCUGCUGCGGAGACGAGAACCUGGAGUGUCACCCCACGCGAACCUCGAACGUCACCAUGCAGCUGCUGAAAAUCAGACCAUCGGAACCAGGACAAGAAUAUGUUGAGAUGACGUUUGUGGAGCAUCAGACAUGUGAAUGUAGAGUCAAGAAGCCGAUAGUGAAGGUUGAAAGCAAAAGGCAAAGAGGACGAGGAAGGAAGAGAAAGGAGAAACAAAAGAUGAAAGAAUGUGUCAGAUCCCUCGCAGGUAACUGCGGCCACGCGUCCCCGGUGCAGUGCGGCUCGCGCUUCCUCCCCAGCAUCGACCAGGACUCUCCUCCAUGGACGCCGUGUGCUCAGACUCAGAGCGCUGGCUCGUUUCGCUGCCCGUGAGCAGGCGUUUGUGCAGACGAGGCUCAGCAGGUGUGUGGCGCCCGACGGAAGCUGCUGUUACAGUCCUCACGCUACGGACACGCCUGGGAGCCAGUGCAAUGCAGAACCAAACGGACUGAUAACGUCUACUUUAUAACUAUUAUUACUGUAUCAGUUAUAGUGAUGUGUCCUUUUCGUUGGUAUUUAAAAGUGUGUACUCUAAAAUUUAUAUUUAUUAUGAAAGGCGAAAUAUUUGGACCAGCAGCUUUUGAAGAAGUUGCGUUGGAUGAACGAUGCAGCAGUGAAGUGAUGUCUCCCUCUGGUGUUCACAGACGUGGCGUGAAUUACACUAGAUUAAAGUAUUUUUAUAACUGAAGCAUGCGCGUGUGAUUGGAUCCGAGGGUCACACUCAGUCACAGCUGAUUUCUCAUUUAUGAGUUCUACGAUCUCUUGUCCUGCAUGAACCCUCUCCACUGUUUCACCAGAUAUGAGAGCUGAGGUGUUUUACUCUCAGAUAUAAACAAAAAUAAUAUUUAUCUGACAUGUGUACAUACUGUAUAUAAAUAAUACCUUGGUGGAUAAAUUGAAGGCAUUGGCCACAGCCUAGUUUUUACUAAGUCACAUAGUCAGUCCUUGCUUCCAUCUGAAGAAAAGGACAGGUUCUAAUAAUGUGCAUCCAUCAAAUGAUCCAGCUGUUGUUAAGCAAACCUGCAAUAAGCCAAGUUUAAUUCAUUCAGUGUUCAGAGUGAUAUGAUGUAAUAUGAAUCCUAUUCUAUGUCUACCUGUGUAUUCCAGACCUGCAUGGGCUGUGAUAACAGGCAUCUUCCUCUGUGGUUUUCAAACAUUCCAGUAGGGAAGGACUCAUUGGAAGUGCUUGGUGUGCUGUCCUUUUGUACAUUCCCUCAGUCUUCAUCUUAGAGCGUUGGAUGAGUGCUUGGAUCUGUUGCCUCAUAAUAAGAGCGGUCAGGGUUUGUGUCCAUAAAUCAGCGGGGUGUCUUCCUGUGUGAGGGUCGCACGUUUUCCUCUUGGGCUUAGUUGAACUGGUGACUCCAAGCUGACUGUGUGAAUGGUUGUCUGUCUGUGUGCUGACCUCUUAUCCAGUGACAGCUGGAAGUGGCUCCAGAACAACCCCCCCCCCCCCCCCCACACACACACACGCACACACACAUCAUCCCAUAUCAGGAAACUUUAGCAUGAUGGAUGUAGCCUGCUACACGAAGACUGGUAUAAACUGUUAAAAGUAACAUUUCUACUGUGGAAGUAUUUAUUUUGCAAUUAAAUGCUUAUGGUUCUCAGCUAGUUUUGUGUCAUUUGUU